AGAGAAGCAGCAAGCUUCAUUUGACCAACUAUAGAUCGCGCUCACAUCGCCGCCCAUCCUUCGCAUCUCUAAUCCUGACCGUCCAUACGAAGUCAUCACCGACGCUAGCGACAUCGCCAUCGGUGCAGUUCUUCUACAAGAUUUCAGCGAAGGAUUACAGCCAGUCGCCUACGAAUCACGGAAGUUGCAGGGCGCAGUUAAAAAUUACAUGGUACAUGACAAGGAAAUGCUGGCGAUCGUCCACGCGUUCAAGACAUGGUAGUGCUACCUAACAGGCGAAUCUCUUGGUGUACCUGUUA